AUGGAUUCUAACGAAAACAAUGAAUCGAAUAUGCAUCGCACAGAAAGCGAGUUGCUGGAAUCAAUAAAAAAGAAAGGAAUAUAUUCACUGGAGGCAAAUGUGUCUUCAUCCAAAGCUCUUUUGCGUCGUCAAGUAGGUCGUAACGGCGAUAAUUUAUAUGAUCUUUUGGUACGUUUAAUCUCAAAUUUACUCGACAAUCCACAGGCCGACACCGUUGAUCAUUUCGAUGAAUACUGUCGGUUGGCUAAAAUUGAAUUUCUAUCUAAGGAUCACCGUUUUCUUCGAUCCCUUGCCCAAACGGUUCCAGCUGACGACGUAGCUAAUAAACAAUCAUGGCUAGCAAGGCAAACAUUGCAAGCCUUGACCCAGAUUGAACGUAAAAAUAUUCGCUGUUGCCCUGAGUUCAACCAUGGUAUUCGCUACAGUAUGAAACUGAUGGGCUGGGAUCUACCCAGGGGCUAUGAUUACUUUAUCAGUUGCCAAAUUAAUCAAGUGCUAUGCUCCAAAGAGGAUGUGCAAUCUUGCCGCUUCUGGGGAAUAAUAAGGUCGUUGUGUUGCGAUUACUACAUUCUAGAAGUGGAACAUCGAGAAAAGAGUGUUGAUUAUUGCGCCUAUCAGGGCGUGAUUGGGCGACAUCCGGAAAUUAUAACUGACAUCCUAGAUGGUUUACUGAAAGCAACACUGGAACGGACGAAAUCACAAAGCAGUCUUGAUGUGCUGCAAGAUCUCUCCGUUGCAUCUUUAGAAAAUUUAACCCAAUGUUUUAUGGUGGAUCUCCUGAAGAAGCUCGAAAUAGUGGAUAGCGAAAUUGAAAAAGAACAUUGCCGAAUGGACAUGGAUGCACUGAUUACGGAGCUAAUAGAGCAUUUAUCAAUUUCGUUACACCCGUCCGAAGAAACUAUCUCCGCAUUGUCUACCGAUCCAUGCGCCAGUUCAGGUUUGUCCGAGGAAUGCACCGCAUCGUGGUUGCGGAUUCAACUUGAGCGCGUUCAGCUUGAGUCGCGUUUGAACAGUUGCACGUUUUUGGUAUCGGAAAACCCGCGCACUAAACCAUGGCAGGAGCUGCCACGUGUCACGUUGGAUCAGCUGCAAGCCACCGAAGGGCUGCGAGUUUUCUUGGUCGGAGACCUCGUUGCACCAGUUGCUAGUGUUGUGAAACCCUUCGAUGGUGUGGAGAAAAACUUGUUGCGUGCAUUGAUAGCUAAAAUUUCUGCCCACCGAGACGGACAUAUCAACGGUUCGGAAACGAACAUUUCGCUCGUUAGGUGCCUAUCGGGAACGUAUGGCUCUGUGAUCGGAUAUCACCAGGAGCUGCUCCAAGAAAGAGUCGAGCGUUGGUGUGAACGAAACGAGCAAGGUAUGAAAUACUGGUUAUCAGAAAUAUGGCCCGGACUUUGCACCUUCCCCGACCGAGAACAGUUUUGCUCCAUCUAUAUAGGUUGGGGUAUUGAAAAGCAAAACACUUGGUUCAGUCCGAUUGUGCGCGUUCCAAAGCUAAUGGAUGAAUACGAUGGUGCAGUUUUGGAUGAUUCCAAGCUAAGUAAAACCUCAUGCAACAAAUCCUUUAAUGAAGCACUCUCAUAUGAUACUCAAAUCUGAUUAUUGAUCAGUUUUAGCAACAAUACACAAAGAAAUGAACCAUUUUCGUGAAAUAAAUAAUACUUAUGACCGGAGAUGUCUACA